UACAAAAAAAUAUGAACUGUCAAACUUGAAACUACCUUUGUUGACGUGAACGCUUCGCUCGCUUAGUUAUUUACUUUCCUCAAUUUUACAAUAAAUAAAUAAAAUGUCGGGCCAUAACGUAAAUGUUUGUGAUAUCGGCGACGAUGUAAAGGAGGUUUUGAAAAAGUUUCGCUUCCAGAAACACAGUUCCAACAGUGCUUUAAUAUUGAAGGUGAACCGACAGAAGCAGGCGCUGGAAGUGGACGAGGAGCUGGAGAAUGUGGACCUGGAAGAGCUGCAGGAUAUCCUGCCGUCACACCAGCCACGGUUCAUUGUCUACAGUUUCAAAAUGGACCACGAGGAUGGGCGGGCAUCGUUCCCGCUGUGUUUCAUAUUCUACACACCACGCGACGCGCAUAUGGAGUUACAGGUAAUGUAUGCCGGAACACAGAGGGCGCUGGCGGCGACAGUCGGCGCCCCCCGCCUCCUAGAAGUGAGAGAGAUAGACGAACUCACCAACGACUGGCUGAAGGAGAAACUCGCGAGAUAGACAGAGACGGCUGUAUGUUCCUAUGUUUCUAUUUAUUACGAGUCUUUUUGCUAGUAUUUAUUUGUAUAUUUUUAUAGUUGUUUUAAGUAAUAAUCAGUGAUCGGAAUCUUGGGUGCUAUUACUAUCAAUAGUGUGGAUGUUACCAGAAAUUUCCGGGAAUCGGUACUAUGACUGAAAAUUCUCGGGAAUUGAUACUUUAUGUUUGGCAUACCGGCAUACGUUUGAGGUAGGAUACAAAAGAAUUGAUACUUUGGUCACAAUAUUACUAGAAUUCUGAAUGAUAUUUUUAAUUUAUCAUGACUUACGUACAGUCGUGUGUAACGUCCUAUACCUACUUUAGAACCCUGUCGCACUAACAUAUUUGACAAUUAGUGAGACUUACAGCACACACCGGACAAUACACCUAAACUUAAAAAAAAACCUCGUUUUACACAAAACUACACAUUGACAUUAUCGUACACGCGCAUCUGUGUGUGUGACGUCUGACACCAUACGAUUCAAGUCUAAACUAUGUUCGAGGGGGUGAGGUAAACCUAGCCCAGACGCUGGUGGGGAGCGGAGAGUUGCCGUUCUAUACGUAGUAUUAUUCCUUAUUCUAUGCUUAUAGUUCAAUUUGUCAAAAAGUAAUGUGACAUGCUUUUUGAAAAAUGUUUUGUGAUUUAGUCUAUGUUUAAUUCAAGUUUCAUUGUCAUUUUUAUUUUUUCUUUUUCUAUUUUGUUAUUUUCUCUUGACCAUGACUUUCUGGAGGAGGCCUGGAGUCCUAAAACACAGGGUAUCCUAGUUUAGGCUCCAGCCUCUACAAAUAUUGUAUUUUUUAUAUGUAUUUAUGUAUCCAUGUGUCUUUGUAGAGGAAAUAAAGAUUUUACUUACUUACUUACUAUGGUACCAAAGUGUAUACAUAUUAAUGCUCACGGUACUUACCAACUAUUUCUAACCCUGUUUUUUACUGUACUGUUUACUAACAUAGAGUAAGGAUAUACCAACCCAAUUAGUUUUGUUACUUGAAUAAAUACAUAAAUUAUUAUUAUUUAAGAGUAAACGUACUUAUUAAACAAACGCGACUUCGACACAUUUUGGACAAUAAUGUAGUCUGCUUACCCCAAAGGGAAAUAGGCAUGAAUAUUUGUAUGUGUGUUAAAUAAUAAUAUCAAAUGUUUUUCAGGCCUUACCGCAAUUACCGGAAUCAUUUACCGUAAUUCCGGAGAUAUCGUCAUAUCCAUAUUAGUUAUAUUGUUUGGAAAAACACCGAAAUUCCGAUCAUUGGUAGAUACAAUAAUGUCAGUGUUAUCAGCAGUGUGAUGUUCUUGAGAGAAGGUAUAUAAAUAAAAAAUACAGGCUGUUAGUGACAUCGUAACGAAUACUGAGUGGGGUGGUUCAGACCAUGAUUCUGAGUUGAUAUCAAGUGGAAAUUUUCCGUCGCAAAAUUCAUGUUUUUUUUACAAGUUGUAUAAGCCAUUGUCAAAAUUAACGCUUGCCUCUAAUAACUUUAUUUACCGGAUAUUUUCAAAGACUGUAAACUCAAUAAGUUUCGCGUAGCAGUUACCUAAUCUCUGGCUUACAGAUAGAUGCUUUUACAGCGUAAAAGAAUAUUUAGAUUACAAAUAACAGGUUUUAAGUGUAUAAUUAAAAGCAUGUAUCAAGUGUGUAGAAUAUUUGUAAAAUUGAUAUUAUUAUUUGUUAUUGUUUUUAAAUAAUCUGGGUGUAUGCCUGUAAAGGUAGUAUUUAGUGAUACUCAAUGAAAAAAAACAGCUGUUUGUAACCUAAAUACCAUGCACAGAAUAAAUUUCAUUUCAUUUAGUUUUCUUAAAUUAUUUUCAAUUAUAUCAUUUUGCGACAGAAAUGUUAGUAAAAAGUAACUGAUUUGACUAGUUGGAAACCAGCCUAUUCUCCGUUUCUCCGCUCCGCUGCCUCGCUCAGCUUCGAUGGACGGGCAGCCUAAAGCUGAUUUUAAUAAUAUAUUCGCUUAGCAUUAAGUCUUAUAUAGGCCCGAUUCCUGCAGACACCGCCUAAUUUUAUUUUAAGUUAUAUCCGUCAUUUUCAUAUCCGUCGAAAAGGAAAGGGACGGAUGAUUCACAGCUCUUAAUUUUAGGAAGAAUGAGUAAAUGAAUGAAUAACCCGGGCGAAUCAAAAAGGUAUGCAAACCAUUUGACGUGCUGUCUACUUACCUGUGUCGGGUUAUUGACUGAUGUUAAAUUUUUAGACGGUUGGUUUAGAUUUGUCCUUAAAAUUGACGUGUGUUCCAUAAAUUUUAUGCUUGUCGAUUACCCGUCCCUUUCCUUUUCGGCGGAUAAGAAAAUGACAGAUAUAACUUAAAAUAAAAUUAGAUGGUAUUUACAGGAAUUAGCACCAUUAAUAAAAUAUUUUUUAAGAACUUAGGCCAAAAGGGUAGUAUUAUAUUAUAGAAAUUAAGUGCAUAUAAAACACAGACGAAGGGUAGCUUGUCUGUCGGUCUUUUAAAGGAUUUAUUUACAUUUCACGACUUUACAGCGCAGAAGCGCCAAUGCGCCGUGACCAACGGCUUAACGUGCCCUUCGAAGCACGGAAUCAUCUUACUUUUUCGGACAAGCAGGUGAUUCAAGUCUGAAAAGUCCUUACCAAACAAAGGACAGUCUCACAAAGUGAUUUCGACAAUGUCCCCAUCGGGAAACGAACUCGGACCUCCAGAGGCUGUUGUGUGUAUUUUGUCGAAAAUAAAAUUAAACACAGACGACAUUUUUCAACUUGCCAGAAAAAGUCACGAUUAUAUUUAAGUAUUGAAAUCAUACGAUAAAGAAAUAUAAUUGACGUAUAGAACAGUAAGGCUGCGUGUCCAUUGACGCGGAGCUGUGCGGAGAUGUGAAGGUAUCGACCAAUCACCGUGAGGAAGAGAGCGACAGAGCGUCUUCGUUUCUCGCUCUCUCGAACGCUGAUUGGUCAAAUCCGCACAUCUCCGCUCUUCCGUGAGUGCGAAGGAGACAGACAAUCCGCGACCUCUCUGUUUGCUUAGCGGUUUACGGCCAUUUAAGACUAAAGACCCAGAGGGGGUGAGGUAGGCGUCCGUUACGAAUUGGUGCGGGCGGAGUUACCGUUCUAUACGUAGUAUUAUUCUGUCUUGCUGCAACGCACCGUGCUAUAGCCAGUUACGUGCUGUUCCUGAGAAUAUUCCCGAAGGAGAUACUUUCCAAAAACACGGUAGAUGGCGUUGUUAAGCUUUUCGUUUAAACUUCUAAUUUCAUGAAUAACAGACAUAUUAUGCAUCUGUUAUCUUUGUUUUUAGGUAUAAAUGAUGACCCUUUUUAUUACACCAAGGUACAAUUACAACUUCCACCCAUUAUUAUUCCGAUCAAAAUAAAGAGAAGCAUUAUACCUUAUAUUCAGCAUCAUCAUUCUAUAAAUAAUGUGAUCCAAAUAUAAAGCAACAAUUAGUUACAUUUUUCAAUAAUUAUGUAUCUACAGUCAUGAGCAAUAUAAUGUACCUUUAGGACUCUGUCGCACUAACAUAUUUGACAUUUAGUGAGACUUACAGUUCAAUUUGUCAUAAAAGUUAAUGUGACGUGGUACCAAAGUUAUAUUAAUGCUCGUGACCGUACCCCAGCAAUGAGAAAAUAGGUAAUUAUCACGUUAAAAGUGAACGCCAUCUAUCGUGUGUUUGGGGAACGUCGAUUGGAAAGUCCUUCAGUGGAAAGGACAUUGGCUGCUUUUUUUUUUAAUUGUUCUUUCGUGUGAUGACCCUACCUGACUAAAGGUUAGGUGAUAAAGUUCUUUUAACAUGACUCUUGUGUCUUUUUACUAGUGAUGUUCCGAAUAUCCGUAUCCGCGGAUAUCCGAGAUAAAAGAAAAAUCCGUAUCCGUAUCCGUUACUUUUCACGCGGAUCUUUUACGGAUCUUUUUCAGGUGAUUAAGUAGACUUAUUAAAUAAAAAACUAUAAAAUUCCAUUCAGAUUGUUUUUAUUUCAUAAAAUCAAAUAUUUGGCACCUUUAUAUUGCAAACAUUUAGAUAGAUAGAUAUUUAUAAUGAAAGCAAGAUAAAAUAUCACUUUUAUAACAAUGAAAUAACUAAAACUUUAAUUUUUUUUUAAAGAAAAUAUAGAUCCGUAUCCGCGGAUCUUUACACUAAAUAUCCGUAUUCAGAUCCGUAUCCGCGGAUAUACAUUUUUAACGAUCCGGCACAUCACUACUUUUUACUUCUGGGAAUGUACCCAGAAACGGCGCACCACUGGCUGCAGCGCAAAUAUUAGUGAUUUUGAUAGCAUUUAUAUUUGAUAGAUAUGUAUUUAAUUUAUAUACACAUUUGUAAAAGACUUAGGUUGUAAGAUUUGAUAAAUAAAUUAAUAUUUACACAACUGUA